AGCUGGGGCUUUGAGGAAAAACACUGAAAAUUGCAAGACUUGCGAUAAAAUUGAAAGAGUUGCCGACACCGCAGUCACUAGAUCUGAGUUCUGUGUAACUGGAUCCCAAUGAUGUCCAUGAGGAGCCCUGUUUCUCCCCACCUGGAACUCGAUGGAGCCGGGAACAUGGUGAACUGCACCAUCAAGACGGAAGAGAAGACAGAUAGCUGCCAUGAGUCCCCCCAGGGAGCACCCACUGGCUCCGAUCCCCACUCCAGCGAUUUGCAUGGAGUGCCGCUGUCGCUGAGAGAGGGUGCUGACCCCCGGACUCUUCCACAGGAAUCCCGGUCUCCUGUGAGCAAUGCGUUAGAUUCCAGGAGGUCUGCGUUUGAGCCUGCUGUCAGCAGCCAGGAAAAGUUAGAUUUCAACAGAAACUUGAAAGAGGUUAUGCCAACCAUUGAGAAGUUACUCUCCAGCGACUGGAAAGAAAGGCUUCUGGGUAGAAACACCAUGGAAUCCAAAGAGGUGAAAGGAACCCAGGAGAGCUUAGCGGAGAAGGAGCUGCAGUUGCUUGUCAUGAUCAACCAGCUCUCCACCUUGCGGGACCAGCUUCUGACGGCCCAUUCGGAGCAGAAGAACAUGGCAGCCAUGCUGUUUGAGAAGCAGCAGCAGCAGAUGGAGCUGGCUCGGCAGCAGCAGGAGCAGAUUGCCAAGCAGCAGCAGCAGCUCAUUCAGCAGCAGCACAAGAUUAACCUGCUGCAGCAACAGAUCCAGCAGGUCAAUAUGCCCUAUGUCAUGAUUCCAGCCUUUCCUCCCAGCCACCAGCCUCUCCCCGUGACCCCAGACUCCCAGCUAGCGCUUCCCAUCCAGCCCAUCCCUUGCAAACCAGUGGAGUACCCCAUGCAGCUGCUGCACAGCCCUCCCCCUCCGACGCUGAAGAGACCCGCCGGCUCAGGCCACCUCCAGAUGCAGGAGUCUUCACAGCCACUGAACCUAACGGCCAAACCCAAAAGCUCUGAGCUCUCCAGUGCCUCCAGCUCACCCAGUCUGAAGAUGAGCAGCUGCCGAUCCCUCACUCCUAACCACGGGGUCACGAGAGACCUUCAGUCCAGCCCUCCCAGUCUGCCUCUGGGAUUUCUGGGAGAGGGGGACGCCAUCACUAAAGCACUCCAGGAUGCACGGCAGCUCCUGCACUGCCAUAGCGGGGCGACGGAGAGCUCUCUGAAUAAUCCCUACCGGAAGGACCAAAUGGGCUUGGAUUCCUCACCCACGAAGGAGCGGAUGGAGGAGACGUGCAUGCACAGACUGGACGAGUCCAUGUUAACCUGCGAUAUGGAUGGCUCACGACACUUCCCCGAGUCCAGGAACAACAACCACAUAAAGCGGCCCAUGAAUGCUUUCAUGGUGUGGGCCAAGGACGAGAGGCGGAAGAUUUUGCAGGCCUUCCCGGACAUGCACAACUCCAGUAUCAGCAAGAUCCUGGGGUCCCGGUGGAAAUCGAUGACGAACCAAGAGAAGCAGCCCUAUUACGAGGAGCAGGCCCGGCUGAGCCGGCAGCACCUGGAGAAGUAUCCCGACUACAAAUACAAGCCGCGGCCAAAGCGCACCUGCAUCGUGGAGGGGAAGCGGCUGCGCGUGGGCGAGUACAAGGCGCUGAUGAGGAACAGACGGCAAGACACCAGGCAGGGCUACUUGAUAGCGCCCCCGGGCAGUCAGAUGCAAGCCUCUUCAUCGGAUGUCCUGUACCAGAGGCCGGUGGGCAUGCAGCUGGCGCCGCCGCUGGUGGAGCACUACCUGCCCCGCAACAUGGACCCCAACAUGCCCGUCAUCGUCAACACGCGCAGCCUCAAGUCGCAAGAGGGUGACGGCGGGGAGGACGGGCACUCGGUGGCGGAUGGCGAGAUGUACCGGUACAGCGAGGACGAGGACUCCGAGGGCGAGGACAAGAGCGACGGGGAGCUGGUGGUGCUCACAGACUGAGCAGAGGGCGGGGGUGGGGUGGGGCGCGCGC